CUUCUUUUAUUUUUAAUGAGUGCGUGCCGCUGCAAUCAGCUGUGCGAUGUUACGUCAAAAGCAAAAUUGAGCGUUUGCCAACACUAAAUGACAUCAGUUCUGACGUUAAGCAACACUGUCGCACGUCAAACUCUGGUCAACUAAAAAAUUACACAAAUAAAAAAUACAUAUGGUAGAAGUAAAUAAUACAACAAAACAUGGAUGCCAUUGAUGCCAACCAGCAGGCGCCGCAUCUAGCCGACUUUGCCGGCAAUAAUGAGGCGGACAGAGAACAGUUCGAUGCCGCAGACAUCAUGAAUGAUGCGAAACUCUCCACAAAUGGUGCUGGUGGUGCGUGGGAACGUCAGCUCUUUCGGUUUCAUCAAUACCACGGCUCCAACAUACGCUUAGAAGACGAUGCAACAGUCGCCUUUCGCCGCACCAGCUUCGCGGACGCACUCACAUUCUCCGAGCGACCACUGGCACCUGGUGAAAUUUUCCUAGUUGAGAUUGAGAAAAUCGAGCGAGGCUGGUCGGGACACAUGCGACUGGGUCUGACGGAGCUCACACCGAAUAUUAUUGGUAAGCGCAGCGAAGGACUGCCACAUUUUGCCUUACCCGACUUGGCCAAUUUGGGCAAUAGCUGGAUAUAUCCAAUCUCUAAAUUUGAGAUGAAUCAACGACAGGAACAGUGCGGAGAUAGUGUGGAGCCCAUUCCAAAUGAACCUCCACAUCGUAAUCUUCUGGGCGAUGCGACGCAUGUGCGAACGCCGCGCGGUUUAUUACCGAAGAGACUUCUGCGACCCGCGAUGGACAAUGGCAACUCAGAUAUUCUGCUCACUGACAGGGGCUCGCGCAUUGGCAUUAUAUAUGUGCCCACAGAGACUGAUGCGUCCAAGGGUGAAUUGCACUUUAUCAUUAAUGGCGUGGACAAGGGCCCUGUCUCAAAGGAAAUACCAUUAAAUAGGUCACCCCUAUACGUUGUUAUCGAUGUUUAUGGCACAACAAAGCAAAUACGCAUUAUCCAGUUGGAGGGCAUUCUGUCCUUGCAAAGCGCUUGUCGUAAUGUCAUACUGGAGCACAUCGCAGCAGGCGCUAUUGCGCGACUUCCACUGCCGGAGAGCAUUAAGCGCUUCUUGCUGCGUCGAGAUUAGGAACUGAGACAAGGCGCACACACACACAUACAUAAGCACUUUAUGUAAUAGAGUGUUGUGUUGGUGUGGUGCUGUUGUGCAUGAGCGUGCGUCGUGAUAGCCUGUUUACCCAUUUAUAUUUUAUACGCAUUGUAGGCAACUGAAGUGCCGUUCAUUGACUUUUCAUUCCCAACAAGCGCCGGUUGGCGUUCUCAUUGCUUGCCCGCCCUCACGCAAAGAGCCCUGCCCUGCCUAGCCUAGACCUGUGCACGUUACGGAAAGGCGGCUUUCUAGUGGGGACGAAACUGCGGUUUCUGAUGGAUUUCACACGAAUUUGUAUUUUUCAUUCUGUAGAUAUAGCUUAUAAUACUUUGGUUCCGUGAUACCAGUUCAUUAUAUUUAUAUUUUAUAUAUGUAGAAUAUGUUUGAAAGCAUCACAUGUAUUUUACUCACUGUUAUACUACAACCAGCGAACAAUUUUCCCCCGUCUCACAAUACGUACAUACCUCGAAAUAUGUACAAAGCGCUUUGAUUGCAUUGCAUUAUGAAAAUAGCCAAACCCUAUUUAAAUGCAAGCCGAGCCGCUACGCGAGAAGCUCCCAACCAAGCACCGAUCUGCCUUUUAGCCGUUUCGGUCCAUCCCAGGGCGAUUUCCGUUUCCGUUAUGUACCUUUAAGAUUAUUGUUGCUAAUUGUAAAAUAAGAGUAUAAUUACAAUGUGUAGUAUGUAAAAAUCGAUGUAAUAACACGACAUAAUAUAAUAAGGGAUAAAGUGUACGUGCAUUGUAUGUAAUAAAGACAUGAUAAUAUAUAUAU